AUUCAACGCAGGCACGAAUAAAGAGAAGAUAAUCGGGAAAUACAACUCGUUCAGGUUAAUUUGGCCUAUUUAGUACAUCGUUAAGACACUUCUUGGAUUUACUUCACUAAGGUUUUCUCUUAUUUGGAGCAAAUGAAAGCAAAUAUGAAGCUGCUGUGGGUUGUAAUGCUUGUGGUCGGCACCGUAUAUGCGGAUGAGGACGACAAGAAGGAGAACGUGGGAACCGUGAUUGGAAUUGACUUGGGGACCACCUACUCAUGUGUUGGAGUCUUCAAGAAUGGCCGUGUGGAGAUCAUUGCCAAUGACCAGGGUAACCGCAUCACUCCUUCAUAUGUGGCCUUCACCAGUGAGGGUGAGCGUCUGAUCGGUGAUGCUGCUAAGAAUCAGUUGACCUCUAACCCUGAGAACACAGUCUUCGAUGCCAAAAGGCUGAUUGGCCGGACCUGGGGGGACUCCUCUGUGCAGCAGGAUAUCAAGUACCUGCCCUUCAAGGUUCUUGAGAAGAAGACCAAGCCCCAUAUCCAGGUUGAUAUUGGCGGUGGCCAGAUGAAAACCUUUGCUCCGGAAGAGAUCUCUGCCAUGGUCCUGACCAAGAUGAAGGAGACCGCUGAGGCUUACCUGGGCAAGAAGAUUACAAAUGCUGUGGUCACUGUCCCUGCCUACUUUAAUGAUGCUCAGCGCCAGGCCACUAAGGAUGCUGGAACCAUUGCUGGUUUGAAUGUCAUGAGAAUCAUCAAUGAGCCAACUGCCGCUGCCAUUGCUUAUGGCCUUGACAAGAAGGAUGGCGAGAAGAACAUCCUUGUGUUCGAUCUGGGUGGCGGCACCUUUGACGUCUCUCUCCUGACCAUUGAUAACGGUGUGUUUGAAGUGGUGGCUACCAAUGGUGAUACCCAUCUGGGAGGUGAAGACUUUGACCAGCGUGUCAUGGAUCACUUCAUCAAGCUGUACAAGAAGAAGACCGGCAAAGAUGUGCGCAAAGACAAUCGUGCUGUGCAGAAGCUGCGUCGUGAGGUGGAGAAGGCCAAGAGAGCUCUGUCUGCCCAGCACCAGGCUCGUAUUGAGAUAGAGUCUUUCUUUGAGGGGGAAGACUUCUCUGAGACCCUGACCCGUGCCAAAUUUGAGGAACUGAACAUGGAUCUGUUCCGUAACACCAUGAAGCCUGUACAGAAGGUGCUGGAAGAUUCUGACCUGAAAAAGUCUGACAUUGAUGAGAUUGUCCUGGUUGGAGGCUCUACUCGUAUCCCUAAAAUCCAGCAGCUGGUGAAGGAGUUCUUCAAUGGCAAAGAACCCUCCAGGGGCAUCAAUCCUGAUGAAGCUGUGGCAUACGGUGCUGCUGUGCAGGCUGGAGUGCUUUCUGGAGAGGAGGACACUGGUGAUGUGGUUCUUCUGGAUGUUUGCCCACUGACUCUUGGUAUUGAAACUGUUGGAGGCGUAAUGACCAAACUGAUUCCCAGGAACACUGUGGUGCCAACAAAGAAAUCCCAGAUCUUCUCCACAGCUUCAGAUAACCAGCCAACUGUCACCAUUAAAGUUUAUGAAGGUGAGCGUCCUCUGACCAAAGACAACCAUCUGCUGGGCACCUUCGACCUGACUGGGAUCCCCCCUGCCCCUCGUGGCGUUCCACAGAUCGAAGUCACCUUCGAGAUCGACGUAAACGGCAUUUUGCGCGUCACUGCAGAGGACAAAGGCACUGGCAACAAGAACAAGAUCACAAUUACAAACGACCAGAACCGUCUGACGCCGGAAGACAUCGAGCGCAUGGUGAACGACGCCGAGCGCUUUGCUGACGAAGACAAAAAGCUGAAGGAGAGAAUUGAUGCUCGCAACGAGCUGGAGAGCUACGCCUACUCUCUGAAGAACCAGAUCGGUGACAAGGAGAAGCUUGGCGGCAAACUAUCGGAUGAAGACAAGGAGGCCAUUGAGAAGGCAGUAGAGGAGAAGAUCGAGUGGAUGGAGUCGCAUCAAGAUGCUGAUCUUGAAGAGUUCCAGGCCAAGAAAAAGGAGCUGGAAGAGGUUGUUCAGCCCAUCAUUAGCAAGCUGUAUGGUAGUGCAGGUGGACCUCCACCUGAGGGUGCUGAUGGCGAUCAAGAAAAGGAUGAGUUGUAGGCAGGUCUGAAGUCUUCAGUUGCCCCUUGCUCUAGUGGGAUGUCAUGUACAUAAUGAACUGAUGGGACUCAUUAGUGAGAGGAACGGCAGGGCAGGGGCGAUCACAACAAGCAACCAUACUGAACUCCUUGAAAGACUAAAAUUUCAGUGUGGUACGUGUUCUCUUCGCUUGAAGGCGGAGAUUUGUCAGCCCAGAUGAGGCUCGUUGCUGCUGUUCUCAGGCAGUCCUGAUGGGGGUUGU